GAGACAAAAAGCAUUACAGAAAACCGCCUGUUUCCAGAGAACAGAAGAAGAAUGGCUCUACUCAAAUUAACCCUCAUUUUUGUGUUUCAGUUCAAAGCAGGCAUCUUUGGAGAAACCACUCUCUACAAAAUAACUGGACAUGAUGCCAUCCUGCCCUGUGCCCGUGCAUCAUCCUCUAACACAACAUGCUCUAGUGUUUCAUGGCUUUACAACAGAGAUGUGUCUCACACUUUUUCUGAGAUUUUGCAUGGAAAUGUUAUUAAGGCCUCAGCCCGAGCUGCCAGGCUGGAUCUAGACACUAAGUGCUCUCUGGUUAUUACCAGCAUCACUGCUGAGGAUGCUGGUCUCUACACCUGUCGACAGGGGAGGAACUCUAAUCAGGAUGUAAGAACACAUCUCAGUGUUCUGUCAAUCUCUUCAUCUCCACCAGACGCUGAUGCAAAGAGGGAUGGUGAAAUCACAUUAGAGUGCUCUCUGUUGAAAUACAUUGAACUCCCUCCUUGUCAACAAAACAGCAUCCGCUGGGUGAAUGAGACAGGAACUGUGCUGCUUGGUGAAGAUGUCGGGUAUAAGUUCCUCGGACAGAAGGACUGUGUUUCUGUUCUGACUGUGAAACGUCAGAGUGGCCACAACAGGAGAUACACCUGCCAAGUUGUUGAUAAGAAUAACAAUGUAGAAAUUGGGGCUGACUACACAUCUGUCUUCACAGAUUGGUCUCCUCUGAGUUACAUCAUGUUGACUCUGCGAAUUGCAGUACUGAUCCUAAUGAUUAGAAUCACAGUUCUUGUCUUCAGAGACAGAGGGAACACAAAACCACUUGAUAAUGAGAACAAUGUGAAUAGUGAUGCAGAAGUCCAGUAUGAAAAUGUAAAAGCACAUCCUGCUGCUACUAGACUGCAGUGAUCGACAACUUCCACACCAACUUCAUCUCACAAAGUCAAAUAUCAUCACAGUCAUUUUACAUGAGUGAUGAAAGCUUUGAGUUAAAUUGUUUUAUGUUUAUGAUGCAUUGAUUGUUCUUUUUAUGACUUACAUGUAAAGAAUUUCUGUCAAACAGUUUUCAUGGCAACAACAAGCAGAUGUUCAGUAGUUUCAAAUGGUAAGAUAUUAAUAAUUUAAUUAGUGCCUAUGAGAUUAAUUAAAGAACAAUUGACUGCUUGUAUUGUAAAAAUGUUGACAGCCAAGAAAUACCAAGAAAUAUCGCAAACUUUGCUUUUAUACAGCUUUUUUAAGCCUGAUUUAGCAAUCAGUUUAGGUUUUAUGGCACUUUUGCUCUCAUCAACCCUGUUUCCAGCAGUAGCAGGCAGCUUUAUUGUAAACUACCUGCUCAGCACCAAACAGCAGACAGAGAACAUUUAGCAGCUAACGAGCCAGAUAUUUUUCUCAGGAAUUGGUGAACAAAACAGCUUAAAGAAGAGUGAAUGUUGGACUUGAUCAGGUGGAUGGAAACACUGCUCGAGUGGGAUGCUCAUCUGCUGGAUGUGUAAAUAUUGUAGGCAACUAUUUGCUCUGCUCCAUAAGGGGUUAUUAACAUGUCCGAUGUGUUUUUCAUCUUGAAUGUUUUUCUGCCUCAAAGAAGCCACAUAAAUGAAUUAAUUGAAUAUUAAAUUAUUUUCAAUGAUAGUGCUGCUGUUAAACUAGUUUAUUUUUUCUCAGAUACAUUUGUUGAUCAUCAGUAUUCAGUUUCAGCAUGAGUGAACUAACUACAAGUUGCCACAUUAUCAUCCUCUGCGGCCUCUUUAGAGAAGAGAAAGGGAGUGAGGAAAAAUUACAAACUAUUUGGUAGUGACAGAUUUAAAAAUUCACAGUUCUGGUAUCCUGAGGUACACCUUAUUGUAUACUGCCUGCUGCUGUUACUGUCACAUGGAGGCGUCAAAAAAUGUUGGCACCAUGUUGUGAGUUUUCUAGCAACAAACGAUCAUCAAAGUAUCCAGAGGACACAUUUUACUCCUGUUGAAACAUAUACUGCAUAUAAUUUAUAUUUUUAGACCCUUCAGUAUAUUUAUGUGUGAUAACAGCUGUAGUCAGUCUGACACCAUCUGAACUUUGCAGUUAAAACCAGAGAGGUUGCUGAAGAGUUUGACUUGAUGAAGGAAUUCAUCUUCAAAAAAACAUACAUGUUCAGAAACUUGUGAGUGUCUUAUUCGAGUAUCAUAAAUUAGUCCAAUAAGGAAAUAAGUUUCCGGGCAUUCCUGUCUGCCAUGCAUUGCAAGGAGUUUGCACAAUGCAGUUGAUGCAUUCCCUUUGAAAUUUCCGACUUUGAACUUGGAAAUUCCAACUUCCCAUGUCAAAUGGAACACACCACAGGGUCUGCUUCUCUUCCCGUCCAUGUAACAACAAUAGGGACAUACGCGCUUUGCUCCAACAAGAUAUAGUAUCAAUGGUGUCAUUUACACUGGGGAUGCUGGGGAUAUGUGGCCACCAGUUUUUGAAACAGCUAAUUUUGUCUC